GCCGGUGGCCUACCGGUCUCAUCCCCGCGGCCGCAGCAGAGCCCUCUUGCCUGCUGCGCCCAGCAGGGGCCGCGGGCGAUGCCCCUCUGUGGCAGCUCGCUGUUCCUGCUGGCACAUCCCUCGGUUCACAGCCGCCCUUCCCAGAAAAACUCCUGUUCGCGUGGCUCAAAUCCCACUGAAGGUCUGCUUGGACGUGCUCUGCGCCUGCUGGAUGAGGACACGGCCAGUGAGCCGUGAGGAGCCUGUUGGGUCCUGGGGACUGCUGCGACAGCUCUUCGUGCAGCCCAGUGGCACCUCUGCCUCCAGGGGGGCUCAGCCCCUCUCGUGCUGUCACAUUUCCCUCUGCUGUGGUUGGGAACAGUAUCCCUGCUCUGCACUUGGACAAACCUGUACUUACGUACUCGUCCUUCUGACAUCCAGGUCCCUGCAGCGGACCUGGUCCCUGCUUGCAGGACUUGUUCUGCUUUCUCCAUGGUUCAGUUAGUAGAGCUGUGACGCGUCUGAGUGAUCCUUGGUGUGUAAGCUGCUGCUGCGGCAGUAGCUACAGCAGUAGUAGACUGUAGUCAACAGUAGUUGAGACCGUUCACCGACAGUUUUUAUUUGUCUUCAGGUCCUUGAGGGAGUCGCGUGUGUUGGACUUUGUGGCAGUCUCAGGGAAGCUGUGGUCGUGCCAUGUCAGCGAUGAUUCCCCACUGACAGGCUGAGUGGCACGGGCUGCAGCUGGAGAUGGUUAGGCCGUUGCCUGUGGGGAUGCUGGCUCCAAGGCCCAGGUAGGACACAGCUUGGCCCGCCAUGGGGGUUGUGCCGGGGUUGUCACUGCCCCGCUGUCCUCCGUAGCCUGAUGGCAGCCAGUUGCUGCCCUGACGUGCCACCAUGGAGCGACCUGCAUGGGUGCCCCAGCCCCUCCACGUCCUGGGCUUCUGUGGGCAGAAGCCAGAUGUCAGUGGGGAGAUGUCACCAGACCCGGAGCAAGAAUCGGGGGACCCUGAGGAGAUGCACGUCGCGCUGCCCGUGGGCGAGGAUGGGGAGCUGGUGGAGUGUCCCCUCUGCCUGCUGCCCCAGCCUCCUGAGGCCUUUCCCACCCUUGCCUCCUGUGCCCACCGCUCGUGCCAGGCGUGCCUGGAGCAGUACCUGCGCAUCGCUGUCAGUGAGAGCCGCGUGCAGGUGGCCUGCCCGCACUGCCCCGCCGCACUGCAGCCUGCCGAUGUCCACCGCCUCCUGGCCGAGCCCGCCCUGCGUGACAAGUACGAGGAGUUCCUCCUGCGGCGGCUGCUGGUGGCCGACCCUAGCACCCGCUGGUGUCCUGCGCCAGACUGCAGCUACGCUGUCAUUGCCUAUGGCUGCGCCGAGUGUCCUCGCCUCACCUGUGGGCGUGAAGGAUGUGGCACCGAGUUCUGCUACCACUGCCGUCAGCCCUGGCACCCCGAUGGGCCCUGUGCACCAGCACCGCUGACUUCCAGCCUGGCCAGCCCCUCGGCACAGCUAGUUUACCCAGAGGAGUCGGCCAAUGUUGAGGCUGAGGACAUCAAGGUCUGUCCCCGCUGCAGUGCUUUCAUCAUGAAGAUCAAUGAUGGGAGCUGCAACCGCAUGAACUGCACGGUGUGUGGCUGCCUCUUCUGCUGGCUCUGCCUGCAGGAGAUCUCUGACGUGCACUUCCUGAGCCCCUCUGGAUGCACCUUCUGGGGGAAAAGGCCCUGGUCACGAACCCGGAAGAUCCUGUGGCAGCUGGGCAUGGUGCUGGGGGCGCCUAUGAUGAUCUCCCUCGUCGCGGGCAUUGCUGUGCCUGUCAUUACCAUCGGGCUCCCCAUCUACAUGGGUGCUGGGCCAGAGCCGGAGGAGCAGCUUGUCAGGGUGCCAGCAGUGCUUCUAUGUCACCAGCAGUGUCCUCCUCUCUCUGUUUGUGUCCCCCAUCAUAACAGCUGUCACAGUGGGCAUUGGCGUGCCCCUGAUGCUCACCUAUGUCUACGGGGUGGUGGUGCUGUCACUGUGUCGGAGCCGCAGUGGGUGUGGGGGUGGCCGUGGCCAGCCUGGGGACCUUGGUGUGGUGGAACUGGAGAACCUGACCAAGUCAGCCGACAUAGCCCACACCACAGGGCUGUAUGGAAGGAGCAGGACAGCCAGUCAGCCAGCACAGUGGCCCUCGCAGGGAGCAUGCUAAGUGAGGGCCAGGAUGUGUCCUACAGGGAAGGCAUCACCAUCGAGGUAGAGGUGACGAUUGAAACGGUGCCACAUCCUGCCCGAGAGCAGAGCCUAUGCAGUGCACUGUCAGGACAGAGUCUCUCUGGAGACUCCCUGGGAGGAACUAGCGACAGGUACAGUGUCACGGGCAUCCCAGCGGAGUGAAGGUGACUGCAGCAGUAAGCUGGAAGAUUCUUGAGACAGAGCACCCACCUCAGCUCCCACUGACACAAAGAUCCCAUACCCUGUGGCAGACCUCUGUGCCCUCUGCAUUGCAUCACCAGCCCCAUGAACUGGGUCCUCUCCAUCCCCAGGCUGGGCAGGCACUCACCGUGCACUCAGCACUGCCUGCUCCUUGUACCUACCUCAUUACACCUCUUCCCUAAAGGCAGGCUAAAGCAUCCUCACUGCUGAGAAAUAAAACUACUCUCCAAACGUCA